AUGAAGGCCGUCUUUGUCGGUGCCAUCGACCAGGGCACGACGAGCACGCGCUUCCUCAUCUUCAACCGCGCCGGCGAGGUCGUCGCCCUCCACCAGCUCGAGUUCAAGCAGAUAUACCCGCAGCCGGGCUGGCACGAGCACGACCCCGACGAGAUCAUCGCCUCGGUCGAGACAUGCAUCAACGGCGCGGUUGAAAAGUUCGAGGCCCAGGGCCACUCGCGCAAGCAGAUCGUCUCGGUCGGCAUCACGAACCAGCGCGAGACGACGGUCGUCUGGGACUCGACGACGGGCGAGCCGCUGCACCACGCCAUCGUCUGGACCGACACACGUGCCCAGGAGCUCGUCCGCCGGCUCAAGGCCCGCAUCGGCGCCGGCGAGCUCACCGAGCGCUGCGGCCUGCCGCUGUCGACCUACCCGUCCGUCAGCAAGCUCCUCUGGAUGAUCGAAAAGGUGCCGGCCGUCAAGGCGGCCUACGACGCCGGCGUCCUCGCCUUCGGCACCAUCGACUCCUGGCUCGCCUACAAGCUCAACGGCGGGCCCGCCCGCGACGUGCACGUGUCGGACCCGACCAACGCCUCGCGCACCAUGUUCAUGAACCUCCGCACCCUCGACUACGACGAGGAGCUCAUCGACUGGUUCCGCAUCGACCGCCGCAAGCUCAAGCUGCCCAAGAUUGUCCGCUCCGCCGACGCCGACGCCUACGGCUCGCUCGCCGGCACCCUGCUCAAGGGCACCAAGAUCAUGGGCUGCCUCGGCGACCAGUCGGCCGCCCUCGUCGGCCAGAAGGCCUUCACGCCCGGCCUGGCCAAGAACACGUACGGCACCGGCUGCUUCCUGCUCUACAACGUCGGCGCCGAGCCGGUCAUCUCGAGCCACGGCCUGCUGUCGACGGUCGCCUUCGACUUUGGCAAGGGCAAGACCAUGUACGCGCUCGAGGGCAGCAUCGCCGUCGCCGGCUCGAGCGUCAAGUUCCUCGUCGACAACUUUGGCUUCAUCGACUCGUCGUCGAAGCUCAGCGCCCUGGCCGAGACGGUCGACGACAACGGCGGCUGCACCUUUGUCACCGCCUUCAGCGGCCUCUUUGCGCCCUACUGGAUCGACGACGCCCGCGGCACCAUCUUUGGCAUCACGGCCUACACCCAGCGGGGCCACAUUGCGCGCGCGACCCUCGAGGCGACCUGCUUCCAGACCAAGGCGAUCCUGUCGUCGAUGGAGAAGGACAGCGGCCAGGCACUGACGGAGCUGGCCGUCGACGGCGGCAUGUGCAACGCCGACCUCAUCAUGCAGACGCAAGCCGACAUCAUCGGCAUCCCCGUGACCCGUCCGGGCAUGCGCGAGACGACGGCGCUCGGCGCCGCCAUCGCCGCCGGCUUCGCCGCCGGAGUGUGGGAGUCGUUUGACGAGCUCAAGGACAUCAACACCGAGGGGCGGACCGUGUUCAGGCCGGCCAUCACCUCGCAGGAAGCCUCUUCCCGCUUCGAGCGCUGGGAGAAGGCGGUGCAGAUGAGCAAGGGCUGGGCCAGCUAA